GUUCGGAAUAUGUGGUCCAUAUGGUGACAGACAAUGCUGCAAAUUAUGUUGCCGCUGGUAGGUUAUUGGAACAAGAGUUUCAGACAUUAUUUUGUUCUCCAUGUGCAGCCCAUUGCAUUAAUCUAAUGUUUCAUGAUAUUGGUAAGCUUGAUGAAGUUAGUAAUGUCGUAUCUCAGGCAUUAAAAAUCACAAAAUACAUAUACAAUCAUUGUUACCCAUUGCAUUUGAUGAGAAAGUUUACAGGAGGAAAAGAAAUACUUCGACCUGCUCCCACUCAUUUUGCCACCAAUUUUAUUGCUUUACAAAGCAUUUUGAUCCAAAAGGAUCCAUUAAGAGCAAUGGUAACAUCUAGAAAGUGGACAUUAUCAGCAUAUGCAAAAGAAAGUAAAGAAAAAAGAUUCGUUGAUGAUGUACUUGAUCCAGUAUUUUGGAAAGAGUGUGCUACUGUUGUGCAACUUACUGAGCCCUUUGUUUGUGUUCUACGCAUUGUUGAUAGUGACGAAAAGCCUUCAAUGGGCUACUUGUAUAAAGCUAUUCAUGUGGCAAAAAGACCGAUGAAACGUAGAUUUCAAAGAAGGAAAAAUAGAAUUGCUCCUUAUUUGCAAAUUAUUGAAAACCUAUGGGAUAGUCAAUUGCAUGAGAAUCUUCAUGCUGUUGGAUAUUGGUUAAACCCUAAAUUUCAAUAUAAUAAUCUUGAUAUGGAAAAUUAUAAACAAACUAUCUCGGGACUUUUAGAUGUAAUUGAGAGAUAUGCUUACGGUCAACCCGAUUUAAGAAGUAAAUUGACGGGUGAAAUGAGACUAUUUAGGCGAGCACAAGGUGAUUUUGGACGUUUAUCUGCUGUGGCUAAUCACCAUAAAAUGGCUCCUG